AUGCAUAAGCUAUUUAGUUGGACAACUUAUUUUGCUUUUAAAGAUGGAAUACGAGCCCUUGGAACGCUGAAUACAUCCUCACGUCAAAAUGAUGACUGGCCACAAACGAAUUCAUUUAAUAAACCUGUUUCAUAUGAUCAAGGACAAAAUUCUCCAAGACAUGCAUCUCGCAGUUCCUUAUACAAGAUAGAUGAAAUUGAUAGUUCAUCUAGAAUUCAAUUGGCAGCAGAUAACACCACUAAGAAGAAUAAAAGAGGUAAUAAUUCUCAUAUAUCACGUGAAGCAUCUCCAUGUUGUCAACCACAUACUCCAAUGGAAAUGCACUAUCACGAGAAAAUGGGUCACUUAGAAAAGAACUAUAUACACAGCAGCUGGAAUUGUUUUCUAAAUUCUUCUCAAAUCGAAUAUUUACCCAUAUCAGAUACGAAGAUGGAGCCUAUAGCUGACCAUGCUCACAAUUGCGUGCAUCGUGGCCUACGUGAAGCCUGUCUAGCCAUUGGGAUUGUGUUUACUACUAUCACCUUGUUUCUCAUCGAAUUCUUGCGUAUAAUCACAUUGACUAUUUUCAAGCCAUUUCUACAAUUCUUACGUUUCCUUUUGCAUAUUAUUAUAAAUUAUGUCUGUGAUAUCAGUUACAUAUGUAGUGCACACUGGGAACGCUUUGUAUAUCCAAUAAUUAGUUCAUGGGCUACAUAUUCACAGGAUGUUGUUGUCCCAGUCAUACGUGAAUUCCGUCCAAUACAAAUCACUCUUCAACCAAUGCCUCAUUCUAAUCAAACUAUACAACAGUGUUAA